CGAAAAAACAACACAGUAUCGUUUAAAUUACAAUAUCCACAGCCCGUCAGAUAUCCAAUAUCCACUGUACACAUUUGAGUGUACAUUCUGCAGUACAUCUAACGCAUCUCGGCAGCUGGUACAGGCCCUAUAAAACUACGGUGGCUUCGAUUUACUUGGUGUCUUCCGCUGUAAAGUUUCUGUGAGAUACGUGCGUCUACGACGAUUAUAGUGAUCAGAGAUGAUUAUCGUUCAAGGUGGUAUCAACCAUAGUGACGAACAUAUGCAAAUAAUUCGAAAAGCAGCGAAACGAGGAUAUGCGGUUCUGAUGGAUGGCCGCACCGCGGUUGACGCCGUAGAGGACGCAGUUCGAGUCAUGGAAGAUAGCAAAUAUUUUAAUACUGAUUACGGAUUAUCAUUAUUGGAGAAUGGUGAAGUUGAAUGCGACGCUAUGAUCAUGGAUGGGAACACGUUAGAUCAUGGAGCAUUGAUAUCUGGGCGCUACUUCCGCCAUCCUGUUUCAUUUGCCAAAUUAAUCAUGAAAGAAUCACGUCACUGUGCCUUGAGUGGCGAGGGCGCUUUUAAAUUCGCUAAAGAAAAUGGAUACCCGUUUCAGUAUGACGAAUGGACAGACAGUUCAGAAUUCCUGAAAACUCCGAAUUUGAAACGCCCUGAAUAUGUACGCAAGAGUUAUAAGGGGUGGACAGACAGGAAACACAGUGAGACUGUUUCAGCUGUUGCAAGAGACACCAAUGGUCAUUUUGCAUGCGCGUUGUCAACAGGUGGUAUACAAGGAAAAAGAAAAGGGCAGGUCGGUAAUGAAGCGAUAUUUGGCUCUGGUGGUUAUGCAAAUAAACACGGAGCAGCAACCGCAUCUGGAGAAUCAAUUGCGAAAAUGACUUUAGCAAGACAAGUCGUGCACAUUAUGGAAAACGGACAAAGUGCUCAGGUUUCCACACAAAAGGCUUUAAAGCAGAUGAAAGAUCAAGUGGAUGACGUUGCCUGCGUCAUCGCGAUUGAUCAACAUGGCAAUUUUGGUAGAGCUUGUACUAGUACCGAAAUGAUGUGUUGGGCAACGAUUGAAGACAAUAAAAUGGAAUCUGGCUUGUGCUCAUUUCAGAGCGAUAAUCAAUUUGUUUCAACUGAAAGCUUAGAUGACGUUGGGUUCAAGAAACAAGAGAGAGAGAACUAUAACAUGAGCGUCGUUAAAGCCCGAUCAUUGGCUUUGCGAUUUACGGCUGCAAACCCUUGCUGCGUCAGAGUUAUCCCAUGUGAAGUUGCCCAGCAGAAAAGUCCCUUAACCAUGUAUAUAUACGUGAAUACUGAUGGAAAAGGAGUUCCUGAAGAUUUCCGAGAAUCCUCGGUGAAAUUUUUUUAUGAUUUUGAAAUUGAGUUUGUUGACCUUCAGCAGCGGCCACUUUGUAAAAUUGUCACUCAGCUUCCCGCAAAAGAAAAAAGAUGCGAUAAAAAGCUGAGGGAAUUAGGAAAAGUAAUUGAAGAGAAUCUCAACGUCUUUCAAAAUAGAUUAAACGUCACAGCCGUUCAAGCCUCGUACAAAGUUGAAGGUUCAAUCGUCAAAAAUAUUCCUUGUGUCACCGUGUAUGUUUUAGGAAAAGGUAAAAUUCCAGCAGGGGAAACUGACAUUUUAGAGAUGACUAAACUGAAUGGUUAUCCCUUCGAUAUUGUUGAAGGAUAUUUUCAACUAUGUGGCGAUCCAAAAUCACGCACAUUUCCCCUGCGAGGCGGGGUCGGAAUUGGAGUUGAAGGCGAUGAAGCAUCUGUUGGCACACUCGGCGCUUUUUUAGAAGAUGAGGACGGCAAACGCUAUAUCCUCUCAUGUCAGCACGUGCUUAGUCCAAACCGCGUAAACAGCGACAACCGAAGAAAAGUAAUUGUACAACCUGCUACAGUGGAUUACCGAAACAAGGUUUCAGAGAUUCGGGCUCAGAUGAAUGAAUGCGAAGAACGUUUACAAAAGCAAAAGAAUAAACUCCACAUAGUUGCAGAUGAUGAACGGGAUCGUUAUGAAAGACGUGUGGAAAAAAGCAGGGAAAGAUUAGGAAUUCUGCGAAAUAACAUGGAGGAAGCCCUGGAAUCAGAAUCAAGAGAAAUUGGAAUAUACUGCAGUGGUUUAAAACAAAACGUAACGGUCUCAUUUCGUAGUAAACCAAAUGCCAAAUUUUAUGUUGAUGCAGCAAUUGCCGAACUGGAUGACGAAGAAGCUCAGGAACUUAUUGACCACAAAGACGAACAACCUGAAAAUAUUCAAUGCCCUUUGUUUGGUUUUGAAAAGAAUAUUCAUACGGGGUUCAACCCUACAGGAGAAAUUGUUGAUGUGGAAAAUUUUGGUGAUGAAGAUUUAAAUGAGUUACGAUUUGUAAAGAGUGGUCGGACGACAGGGUACACGGAUAAUGGUCAACUUGAAACUUUAAACUUUUUCGCAAACCGUUUAACUUUUGAUAGUUUUCAACAAUGGCCUUGUAGCGCGAAUUUGUCUGACGUUCCAUUCAAGUUCUACUGCAGCACUUGUACACCAGUACCCAAUUUAAACAUUGUUGAUCUUAGUUGCCUCAGGGAAAGGCAGUUUUGUUUUAAUUGCAGGAAUGAAAUUGAAAAUGAAGUCCAUACUUUUUGGGCAUAUAAUUGCUUAGCCAUCCGAAGUCGUCGAAAACCUUUUAGUGAAAAGGGUGAUUCUGGAGCCUUGGUGUUUGACAAUCAAGGUCGUGCUUGGGGGAUGAUAUUUGGGUUCUUUGCUGCAGAAGGCAUCAAUGUUGAUUUGGGCCUAGCAUCUCCUCUUAGUGUCACUUUAAAAGCAUUGGAAAAUAAACUGGAAAAAGGAGAAGGAGGAAAAAAGCUUAAAUUAUGGUGA